AUGGUCUCUCGCUCCGGCGAAGCCAGUGAGGGGCAGCGACCCCUCACGCCAUCACGAACGCCGGGCACGCCUCUGAAACCGCGUUUGACCCGAGCUGGCACCAGCCCAGUCAAGCGCGACGAUAAACUCAGAGAAGAGAAAGGACCGAAGACAUCUGCUAAGGAUGUCGCAGAGCUCAAGGACUAUCAACUGGGCGACUGUCUUGGAAAGGGCGCAUUUGGAUCAGUCUAUCGAGCCUUGAAUUGGAACACAGGAGAGACUGUUGCGGUGAAACAGAUCAAGUUGACUGAUCUCCCGACCACCGAAUUGCGUGUGAUCAUGCUCGAAAUUGAUUUGCUCAAAAACCUCGAUCACCCGAACAUCGUCAAGUACCACGGAUUCGUCAAAUCCGUUGAAACUCUAAAUAUUAUCCUAGAGUACUGCGAAAAUGGCUCGUUACAUUCUAUCGCUAAAAACUUUGGUCGCUUCCCUGAGAAUCUGGUUGGCCUGUACAUGUCUCAGGUGUUGCAUGGGCUCUUGUAUCUGCACGAACAGGGUGUCAUUCACCGAGACAUCAAGGGAGCCAACAUUCUGACCACCAAAGAAGGUCUAGUCAAAUUGGCUGAUUUUGGAGUUGCUAGCCGCACGACGGGAUUGAGCGAGUCAAGCGUGGUCGGCACCCCGUAUUGGAUGGCCCCGGAGGUGAUUGAGCUAUCUGGAGCAACAACAGCGUCAGAUAUUUGGAGCUUGGGAUGUACCGUCAUUGAGCUGCUUGAGGGCAAACCUCCAUACCAUAAUCUUCAGCCAAUGCCCGCUCUCUUCCGGAUCGUGAAUGACGAUCAUCCCCCUCUCCCACAGGGCGCUUCCCCAGCAGUGAAAGACUUCUUGAUGCAAUGUUUCCAAAAAGAUCCAAAUCUUCGGGUAUCAGCCAGGAAGCUACUCAAGCACCCGUGGAUCGUCAAUGCCCGCCGAACCGAUUCAGUCGUUCCAAAGAAGUCCACGGAAUACGAGGAAGCUGUGAAGAGUGUGCAAGAGUGGAAUGAGGCUUUACGAUCACCUGGUGCCGGGACCUUGAGGAAGCCGAACAACAAAUUUGAUCCGAGCGCUGGAUCCCUGCCCACUGCUCGCAGCAGUUCCUUGGUCGACACGCUUCCAUCGCCUACAUCGAUCAAGAUCGCCGAUCGCUUUCGGUCACCGUCGUCCAACGAAGACGACAAUUGGGACGAUGAUUUUGUGACUGCAAUUUCUCCAAGUGCGUUGCAGCUGCCUCACCUGCGGCCGCAGGACAAUUUCGGGGGCAAACUCUCGCCUGAGAAGCUGAAAGCAUUCGCAUCUCUCGAUGGCACCAUCAUCAGGGGAGAGGAGAGUCUCGAUGGCUCCGACGGCAGUGCGUGUGGCUCAUUCUCGGGCGACAACGAUCCUUUGCAGACCAUCCGCCCGUACUCAGCCAAGGCAUCAUCGAUCGAACCUUCUAAGAAUCGCAGCCCGUCAAGGCGCCGCCAGUCCAAAGUACAGCCAGCCUCGGCCCUGCAAAAUGUUCCAAUGUUGUCCCAGACUCCAACUCCACCCAUUCGACGACCCCGGCCGGCCGUCUUGUAUAAAGAAAAUUCCGUCGAGGAUUAUACAGAUCUGAUCAUGGCCAACGAGGAUGUCCUGGAUCGGAAGCUAGGAAUAUUUCAUGAAAUGGACGAUGACCCAGACUCUCCCACCCAUGACAAAGACUGGCAUUUCGACGAUGAACUGGCUGGUCAUCAUCCCCAACUGCGAAAACAACUCUCUGUCAAGCGUGAUCGUUCAACCAUCGAGAUACAAAGAUUUGCAGAGAAUGAGAGCGACGAAGACUUCUCCGACAUUCUUGGGGCCGAUCAGGUGGCUCUCGAUAAACCAGAGAGCGACAAUGGUUCAGAUCAGAGUACUCUUAUGCUGAACUCCAAGUUGUCGAAUAACUCGUGGCUAGGUGACCAGGAUGACGAUGAUGACCCCUUCGCACAGCUAGAAGAAGGAUUUGACGAAAUGGACCUUGAAGCCAACAUUGCCCGUGACAAGUACGCCCGUCUGCGGAGCCAAGUUGAAGGCUUAGUCGGCUCUUUGAAGACAUCACAAGAUGAGGAUGUUCUCGCGGAGAUUUCCGAGCAGCUCCUUACAGUGUUCUGCGAUCUUCCUGAAACGAAGAAUAUAAUUAUUAGCGCUCACGGCAUGCUGCCAAUUUUGGAAAUUCUAGACACCUCACGUCGGCGAGAUACUGUGUACUAUCUCCUCAGAGUGGUGAAUGCAAUCAUCUACAACGACUAUGAGAUUCAAGAGAAUCUCUGCUUCGUGGGCGGUAUCCCAAUCGUGAACGAGUUCGCAUCGAAGAAAUAUCCACGGGAGAUUCGACUGGAAGCGGCUGCUUUUGUGCAGCAAAUGUUCCAGACAUCCACACUCACGCUACAGAUGUUCGUGAGCGCGGGCGGUCUCAACGUCCUGGUCGAGUUUUUGGAGGAUGACUAUGAGGAUGAGCGCGAUCUAGUCCUCAUUGGAGUGAAUGGCAUUUGGAGCGUGUUUGAAUUACAAGGGUCUACGCCCAAAAACGACUUUUGCAGGAUCUUAUCCCGCAAUUCCGUGCUUGAUCCACUCUCCCUUGUCCUCAGCCGGGUCUUGAAUGAAGAUGGAGAGCUGGCCGAGGUCAUCGAAGGUCGUAUUGCAAACAUUUUCUUUAUAUUCUCCCAGGCCGAAAACCACGUCAAAGAGAUGGUCGCGGAGCGGACCGUCUUACAUCGGGUUCUCAAGGAAUUGCGGCGGAUGUCGCCAGUGCACCAGGUUACAAUGCUCAAGUUUAUCAAGAAUCUGUCGAUGCUUUCAACUACUCUGGAUGCACUGCAGAAUUCGAAUGCGAUCGACGUGCUCACCGAACUCCUCCAAUCCACCAUGGGGCGCAGCCACUUCCGCGAAGUCUCGAAUCAGAUUUUGAAUACAAUUUACAACAUGUGUCGAUUGAACAAGACUCGCCAGGAAGACGCGGCACUGAAUGGCAUUGUGCCCUUACUUCAAAGGAUUGUGAAAACAGAGCGCCCCCUUAAAGAAUUUGCACUACCCAUUCUGUGUGAUAUGGCUCAAUCUGGAAAGGUUGGUCGUCGAGAGCUAUGGCGCAAUAAGGGACUUGCAUUUUACAUCUCGCUUCUCGCGGAUCCUUACUGGCAAGUUACUGCUUUGGAUGCCAUCUUCACCUGGCUUCAAGAGGAAACGGCCAAGGUUGAAGAGCAUUUACUGGACAAUCGCCAUGACAAAACGUCCUUCACAGAUGCCAUUGUACGGUGUCUUGCGCUCUCCAAAGCAAAUUCUUUUGAAAAUCUGCUCGAGCCACUUCAAAAGCUCUUGCGUCUCAGUCCCCCGGUCGCCUCCACUCUGGCAAGGCCCGAUCUCUUUAGUCGACUUGGGCAGAAACUUCAUCACAACAAAGCGGCAGUCCGAUUGAACCUCCUUCGCAUCAUUUCCAGCAUCUGUGACUCCACUGAACAGCAAGGUGGCUUACUUGCCACGUAUGGCUUGCUGGACGCAAUCCGAGAACUUGAGAACGACCCUGCCAUCUUGGUGCGAGACAUGGCAGGAAAGUUGGUUCAGUCCAGCGAACGAAGUAGUAACUCGCUCGGUCUUAUGCGCAGACCCACGAGCCGUCGGAAGAGCACUUCCACACCCAGCCCUAACCCUUUCUCCGGCUCUACGCCCUCCACGCCCUCGAGCAAUCGCAACAGUCAGUCUCGAUCAUUCCUCGAAACCCGCGAGACGCCCCGUCAUUCUCGCAAUGCUCUCUCCGGUUCAUCUUUUGCGCUUCGGCCAGGAAGUCGUGAUGGCACCACCUCAUCAUUGGGUUCUGCCCUGAAUGGAAGUGCCGCAGCAGCGCGAUCUCGGAUGCCGCGAGGCAUGUCUAAUCGGCUUUCCCAGGUCGAGUUUCUUCAAGAUGAUGAUAAAGCCCAGAGCUCUUUGAAUCGUCGGAGCUCGGUCAUGCCGCGUCGUCGUCGCCCCACCAAUGCAGAGUCCGAAUGGACAUGA